CGAGAAGAUGGGGCCAGUCGCCUACUUCAGCCUCUGCCUCCUCGGCUGCCUGAUCUUUAGCCCCUCGCUGGCAGGGGACCAAGACAUGUCCUGUCCCGAGAGCUGGCUAGUCUUCCAAGGCAACUGCUAUGGAUACUUCUCCCAAGAGAAAACCUGGCUAGAGGCUGAGGCUGAGUGCCGGCACAACGGGCAAGGGGCCCAUCUUGUCUCCAUUCACAGUACUGGAGAAAAUAAUGCAUUGGCCCUUUAUGUCAAGUGGUACCACAAAAAGAACAGUCCCAUCUGGAUCGGACUGUUGGAUCUUGAGCAGAAUCGAGGCUGGAGAUGGGCCGAUAAAUCCCUGGUCAGCUUCAGUGCUUGGGAUAACGGGCAACCUGAUAAUCGUUUAGGAAAUGAGAACUGUGUAGUGUUAGAAAAUGCAGGUUUUCAGAAAUGGCACGAUUAUCCCUGUGAAGAGAGAUUCUCUUUCAUUUGUAAGCGCAAACCCUAGGGGAGGCAGCUCGCCUGCACCUGGGGAUUCCCAGCACCUGGGCUAUGAGUGAAUUCAGUUCCUCUGCCUGCCCUGGGGGACCAGGUCCUGUGUCCCCGGCUGCAAAGCCCCUUUGGCAAAGCUUCGCUGUGUUAUGCUGUGUCACUCCCGCUCUGCUGUGCCCCCUUCUCUCCCUGUCGCACCCACGCUCUGCUCUUUUCAGCAAUCUCAGCACAGUGACGUGAUAAUAAACUUUCCCUGGAGCUUUCA